AUGAGUUGGGACAAUAUGAGCUGUGCGUCUGAGUUCCUCCUCGUGGGGCUCCCCAGCUGGACAGAGAAACAGGACCUAUAUUACGCCCUUUUUCUGACCAUGUACCUGACCACGGUUCUGGGGAACCUGCUCAUCAUCCUGCUCAUCAGGCUGGACUCCCACCUCCACACCCCCAUGUACUUCUUCCUCAGCCACCUGGCUCUCACUGACGUCUCUUUCUCUUCAGUGACAGCCCCAAAGAUGCUCUUUAACAUGCAGACACAGAGCCAAUCCAUCUCCUACGCUGGGUGUGUAUCUCAGGUGUAUUUCUUUCUACAAUUUGGGUGUUUGGACAACCUCCUUCUCACCUCCAUGGCCUAUGACAGGUACGUGGCCAUCUGUCACCCCCUCCACUACACCACCAUCAUGAGUCAGAGUUUAUGUUUCUUGUUGGUAAUGAUGUCCUGUAUCCUGUCCUCUGCAGUUGGCCUCUUGCACACCCUCCUCUUGGCCCGUCUCUCUUUCUGUGGAGAUAACAUUACGAUGAAGAUGGAAAACCAGAGCUGUGCAUCCGAGUUCAUCCUCUUGGGGCUCCCCAGCUGGACAGAGAAACAGGACCUAUAUUAUGCCCUUUUCCUGUCCAUGUACCUGACCACCGUGCUGGGGAACCUGCUCAUCAUCCUGCUCAUCAGGCUGGACUCCCACCUCCACACCCCCAUGUACUUCUUCCUCAGCCACCUGGCUCUCACUGACGUCUCUUUCACUUCAGUGACAGCCCCAAAGAUGCUCUUUAAUAUGCAGACACAGAGCCAAUCCAUCUCUUAUGCUGGGUGCGUAUCUCAGGUGUAUUUCUUCUUAUGUUUUGGGAUUUUGGACAGCUUCCUUCUCACCUCCAUGGCCUAUGACAGGUAUGUGGCCAUCUGUCACCCUCUCCACUACACCACCAUCAUGAAUCAGAGUCUGUGUAUCCUACUGGUCACUGUGUCCUGGGGUCUAUCUAGUGCUGCUGCCCUUUUCCAUUCCCUGCUUCUGAUCCGGCUCUCUUUCUGUGGAGACAACGUUGUCCCCCACUACUUCUGUGACCUCUCUGCCUUCCUUAAGCUGUCCACCUCAGACACCACAGUCAAUGACCUGGCUAUCUUUACUGUAGGCACAGUCGUGAUCACUGUACCGUUCAUAUGCAUCCUGGUCUCUUACGGUCGCAUUGGGGCCACCAUCCUGAAGACCCCCUCUGCAAAGGGAAGAUUCAAAGCCUUUUCUACAUGUGGGUCACACCUCACUGUAGUUUCUCUCUACUAUGGAUCAAUUAUUGGACUCUACUUUUUCCCCUCAUCGAAUACUUCCAAUGAGAAGGAUGUUGCUGUUGCUGUAAUGUACACUCUGGUCACACCCAUGUUAAACCCCUUUAUCUACAGUCUGAGGAAUCGGGAUAUGAAAGGAGCUCUGAGAAAUUUGCUAAGCAAAGCAAUAUUUUCACCACGAUGA